UAAAUCCGAGACGUCGGCAUAAAAGUGAGAGUGAAGGAAAUCAGAUAUAUCGCGACAAUGAAGAGAGCCGAGCGCGGCAUAAAAGCGUUCUCGUGAAUAGUCGUUACAGGCAACCAUCUCUGGCAUAAAAGCCACAACUUUUUCGUGAUAAAUCUAGAUGAGCCGAGUGAAUGGAUUUAUGAGACGUGGUAUAGAGGACAGUUAUCCAUGGAAACUGAAGCACUCUCCUCUCCGAACGAGAGCGCAGUACUUGCCCCUGAAAAUAAUAGUCAACAGCUUUUGCAACACCACUCGCCGCCUGCAGCAGGUCAACAGCAACCCAACAACUCUGAAGAUCUACUCGACACAAGAAGCAACACACUCUCGCCAAUGAUUCCAGUUGCUUCUGAGUUGACUGCAGCUGGAGGGACGUAUCAUCAUCGGGAUACAACUGCAGAGCCUUCUUCCAUGACGACUGUCCUGAUGAACCCAAUGUUGUUUAAACCUAAUAAUAAUGGUGCCGUUGAUAUGGACUAUGAGGUAUCAUCAUCCUCUGAUAACGCCACGGCUCGUCCAUAUCCACCCUUGGAUACCUCGAGUCAGACAGAAACGAGAGAGGCUGCAGCACCAUCACAGCAAAACCUUUGCGAGGAAAUCCGAGAACAUGCCAUGGAUGAAAUGAGGGCUCUGAACUAUAGUGCUGCAGAGGAGCUCUUUAGGUAUCUUUUGCACCUGGAACACGAACAGCAGGCGGAUGAUGAACAGAUAAUAGCCACAUUAGCAAAUAUUGCCAAGUGCUGCGAAUGCACAGGGCGUCUAGAGGAGGCCAUGUCCUGCUAUAAGGAUGCUCUUCUGGUGAAGGAGAACAAAAACUUGCGAAAUGAGUCUCAGUCCAUGCAACUCUUAAUGGCCAGCAUACUAUACGAGAUUGGAAUGAUUCACUGCCAAUUUCUCAUGGAGGCUUCCACAGGAGAUGGCAGUGACUCUUCUUCGGAUGAUGACGACGACGAUGAUGCCAAUGACGAGGGCACUGACGAGCAGGCGUCACAGCAAAGGAGAAAAGGGAAGGAAAGGUUGUCCUUCACCAAGGCGAUGAAAGCGUUCACAAUGUCGCUCAAACUCCGCACGCAAUGUCUUGGCCCUGAACACCAGACGGUUUCCAAUGCACAGUUCAACAUUGCAAACCUACUUACCGAUGCUGGGAUGCCUGAAGAAGCCAUCGACUACCAUCACAAGGCCCUGGUAACAAGACGGAAAGUUAUGGGACCACAGCACCCAGCUGUAGCCUCUUCCCUAAGACAUUUGGCAAUGGCCUACAAUGCUUUGGGCCACCUGCAGCAAGCCGAGAAUGUCCUGAACGAAGCGCUGGAGAUUGUAAAACGAAUCCCUUUUGAUGGCACUCUCCAGCAAGUGAUGAUUGAACUUUCAAACGUCAGACGAAAGCUGACUUACCACCUGGGCUUUCGGUAGAAUACGUGUUGGAUUAUUGCCAAUGGGGGCAAUGGGUUGUCCCUCCUUCCCUUUCUUCACGGCGGUUGCCCGGGUCCAUAUAUCGUACAGCACGCGGUACAGUAUGCUGAAGAGAGUGUCUGUUCCUUGCAGCUUUGGUGGUUAUAGAAUCAGGGCUGGGGACAUUUGAAGUAUGAUAAUGAGUAAGAGAACAUAGCCUAUAUCAGCCAGUAGCAAAGUUCCUUAAACCACCACGAUUUGCAAUGAUUCGUCCCUCUACGGUAGGACUGUGGUCUUGGGGUGUUCAAAUACAAAGUUGCUCAAUCCAUAUACUGUUGUAGUAGUGUACCAAUGUUUCCACCGCUCUCGCCUGAAAGACUCCGUAGCAAGAACCGGUAAUGCUGUAGAACCGGUACCUAGAGAGUAGCAAGAAUGGAGAAAUCAGGACCUCC